AUGAUGAAUUCUGAACCCAGCACCCCUUCCGAAGGUCUGAAUAAACAUAAAAGGAUUUCUGCAUUGCCAGAUGCAGAAUCGGCAUUGAUGGGCAAAAGACCAAGAAACGAGAGGAAUGAAUCGGACUUCAUAGAACCUCUGGACCCCUCAGAAGUUUCAAAAGCUCCGGCGGAGCCAGCUCCAGCUAAACCAGCUCCAAAACCAGCAUACGGACCGCACGCCGUAAUCAAAGAAAUUCCAGAGUGGAUCAGGAAGUACGAGGUGUUCGAAGAGGAUCUUCCCAAACAUGGCAGACCUUGGCUCUUCCCACUGGACCAUUAUCGACCAGAAGGUCCUAAGGCACCAGAUCCGCGAUUCAAACUCAUGGAUCAAUACAUCGAAGAAAUGAGAAAAGCUCGUGGAUAUGACAAGGAAACAGAAGAUAAGCUGGCACAUCCGGAUCUUCUCAAAGGAAGAAGAAAUCAAUGGUAUGGAUUCAUCAGCUUAGACUACUUUGUUCAAAAAGUGCUAAACGACUACACAAGCUCCUCUGGCACUAAGCACUUUUUGGUAUCCUUUAAUGGAUACUCCGAUCCACACUAUAAUUACUGGCGAAGCGAGGCGGAGCUUUACCAGUGCAAAAAUCUGAUUGAGGAGUAUCAGAAUAACAAAAAAGGACGCCCAAACACGAUACAACCAAAUUCGGAUUCGGAAGACUCUGAUGAAGAUGAGUAUAUCAAGCCGGAUAUCAGCUGGAGAGACCGCAUUGAGGUCGCUCGAAACUACGACACCGACGAGGAUGGUGAAACUGGAGAAGAUUCUGACGACGACGAGAUUGAGGAGAAUAAGAACACUUCCGAGGAACUUGAUCGAAGUGAGGACUCAUCGGAAGACGACGAGGGCUUAUCGGAUGACGAUAAAGAAAGAGAAGGGAACACUGAAGUGCGGAUUCGAACUCAUCAAACGUUGUCGAUGGCACAGUUUGCUCACACAACUCUCAACACUUCAGCUUCACGAGCAUCGACUCAACGUCAAACUGAAAAGCAUGUCAAAGUGUCUACUGCGAAGUCCGUGGCUUCUCCCAAAAGUGCUAAGGGCGACUCGGCGUCUCUCUCCGACAACUCUCACUCGAUUCCAGCUACUCAAUCUAUGAAGCAUCGCCCGUUCAGCAGAGUCAGUGAAAACUCUCAAUCGACCCCAAAGACGGAUUCGUCACAUUCUGGAAUGCAAGAAGCACAAACGCCACGUCGUCGUCGUCUCCAGUUGGAUGUUGUGCCGUCUUCGUCCAACACUUUCAGUCCAAAAAGAGCUUGCAACAAGCACGCCAUUCCAAAGUGA